AUGCUCGCAACGGAGGAGAGAAACGUGUUGGUCCGUAUUUGCUGGACGGAUAUCAUGAAGAAACCCACAUGGUCUAUGAAGUCCAUGGAUGUUUCUGGCAUGGUAAGUGUUUGAAUAAACGCCUCCCUCGAAUAGAUGCCCUUAGAAUUGUAUUUUAGAAUAGUAUUUUUGUUUAUUUCUUACAGGAUGUAUAAGCUGUUAGGCUCGUGAUACAAUGAAUCCUGUCAAAGGUAAAACCAUGCAUGAUCUUCAUCAGAAAACCGUGGAAAAGAUACAGUACCUGAAAAAUCAGGGUUACAACGUGGUAGAAGUUUGGGAAUGUAGAAUCAAUCGGGAAUUGGCCGAUAAUGAGGACAUGAAACAUUACUUUAUACAAUAUGAUGGAGUCGAUCCCUUGGAACCCCGUGAUGCUCUGUAUGGAGGACGAACCAACGCGUCGAGACUGUACCAUCAGUGUAAUGAUGAUGAAAAAAUAAGGUAAGGCGGAAAAAUUUUUGACGUUAUGUUUUCACGUUAUGUAUGACGUCAUGUCUUACAUCAUGUGUGACGUCAUUUCUAGGUAUGUGGAUUUUACAAGCCUUUAUCCCUGGUGUAAUAAAAUGACGCGAACGGUUGUGGGACAUCCACGCAUUAUUACCGAGAACUUUGACGACAUAUCCACCUAUUUUGGUCUGGUCAAAUGCACCGUGCUUCCGCCUCGAGGUUUGUUACACCCUGUUGUUCCUUAUCGCACCCAGGGCAAGUUGAUGUUUGCGCUUUGCAGGACCUGUGCCGAUGCCUGUAACCAGACUCCCUGCGGCCAUGCCGACCGUGAAAGAGCCAUUCAGGGUACAUGGUGUAGCGUGGAGCUGGAGAAAGCGUUGGAAAAAGGUUAUCAAAUUGUACGGAUUCACGAAGUCUGGCACUUUCCCGAGACCUCGGAUGACCUGUUCAAAGAUUAUAUUGACACAUUCCUGACAAUUAAACAAGAGGCGAGUGGGUACCCGAAAGAUAGUGUCAACGAAGAGCAGAAACGGCAUUACGUGGACGAGUACCUAGAAAAGUCAGGAAUCCAUUUAGACCCCCACAAGAUCGAAUACAAUCCUGGAUUACGCGCUCUGGCUAAACUAAUGUUGAAUUCGUUCUGGGGUGAGUACUAUGCUUUCAUUGAUAUAUUUUCGCUACAUGAUACUUAACAGUUUUUCGUUUAGGUAAAUUUGCACAACGACCCAACAUGGUUAAAACCGAGCAGAUAAAAGAUCCACAAGUAUUCUUUGACUACCUCACUUCUGACGAGAUCAACGUGCUUGAUGCCGAUUUAGUGAGUGACGACAUCAUCGAAAUCCGGUACGAGUAUACGGACAAUUUCAUCAGACCCGAUGUGAAAACCAACGUGGUCAUUGCUGCUUUCACCACUGCCUAUGCCCGUCUCAAGCUUUACGGCGUGUUGGACAUGUUGCAGGAGAGGGUGAUGUAUUACGAUACCGACUCAGUGAUUUUUGUCAGCAAACUCAACGAACCCGAACCUCCCUUGGGCAACCAUCUCGGCGAAUUAACCGAUGAAUUAGGAGGCGAAUACAUUACUGUGUUUGCGUCAGGCAGUCCGAAAAAUUAUUGCUACCGUACGAAUAGUGGUAAAGUUGAGACCAAAGUGCGUGGAAUCACUCUAGACUGCACGGCGAGGCAAAAGGUGAACUUCGAGGUGAUUCGUGGAUUGGUGUAUUUACAUGCUAAAUGUCAAGUGACGGGGCAAGUGUUUGUGGACAUUCCAUUUAGAAUCACAAGAAAUACCCGAACCAAAGAAAUUGAAACGAAGCGCAUGAAAAAGGACUACAGAAUAGUUUAUAAUAAACAUGUAAUUAUGGAUGAUUACAAAACAUUACCUUACGGGUACUAG